UUAUUAAAAAUGAACGCGGCUAUUGAAGAUCGUGGCCUAAAGGGUGACUGUACACCCCUUAUGGAGGCCGCAUCUGGGGGACAUGUUGACGUCGUGCGAUUGCUGAUCGAAUACGGAGCGCACGUCAACUCCAAAUCACAAACAGGGAAUACAGCUUUGAUGUAUGCAUGCAGCGGUGGGCAUGAAGAUGUAGUACAGGUGUUACUAGAGCACGGGGCCAACAUCGAGGACCAUAAUGAGAAUGGCCACACGCCCCUGAUGGAAGCAGCCAGUUGUGGCCACGUUGAAGUGGCUCGUCUGCUUCUGAUAAGGGGCGCUGGCAUCAAUACGCACUCAAACGAAUUCAAAGAAAGUGCAUUGACACUGGCCUGCUAUAAAGGGCAUCUUGAAAUGGUGAAGUUCCUAUUAGAAGCAGGCGCCGACCACGAACACAAGACAGAUGAGAUGCACACAGCAUUAAUGGAGGCUUCGAUGGACGGGCAUGUAGAGGUGGCACAGCUCUUACUGGAUCAUGGUGCACAGGUUAACAUGCCGGCAGAUAGCUUUGAAUCACCUCUCACCUUGGCAGCAUGUGGUGGUCAUGUUGACCUGGCUGCCCUACUCAUAGACAGGGGCGCAAAUAUAGAAGAGGUCAAUGAUGAAGGCUACACCCCACUGAUGGAAGCUGCCAGAGAGGGCCAUGAAGAAAUGGUUGCUCUAUUACUAGCCAAGGGUGCCAAUAUCAAUGCACAGACAGAAGAGACACAAGAGACAGCCUUGACGCUAGCAUGCUGCGGAGGCUUCCUAGAAGUGGCCAAGUUCCUGAUAGAAGUCGGUGCUGAUAUGGAGCUAGGCUGCUCAACACCACUGAUGGAGGCUUCGCAAGAAGGCCAUGUAGACCUCGUAAAAUACCUCCUAUAUCAAGGGGCUAACGUGCAUGCCACCACUGCCACAGGCGACACUGCCUUAACUUAUGCUUGUGAAAAUGGCCAUACUGAUGUUGCAGAUGUCUUGUUAGCAUUUGGGGCUAACUUGGAGCAUGAAUCUGAAGGCGGUAGAACACCACUAAUGAAAGCUUCCAGGGCGGGACAUCUAUGCACUGUACAAUUCCUCAUCAGUAGAGGAGCAAAUGUUAAUCGUGCAACCACCAAUAAUGACCACACUGUGCUAUCCCUCGCAUGUGCCGGAGGUCAUUUAUCUGUUGUAGAGUUACUAUUAGCUCACGGAGCAAAUCCAACGCAUAAACUCAAGGAUGGCUCAACCAGUUUGAUUGAGGCUGCAAAAGGAGGGCAUUCACAAGUAGUUGAUCUAUUGCUGGAAUACCCAGCCAAUAUGGUCCAGGCCAGUAUACCGAUGGAGGGUAGCAUCACACCCCCGAUAGAGCAGCAGGGAGAGAUCCCCAGGGUGCCAACUCAAGCCCUUCCAAUGGUUGUACCGCCACAAGAACCUGACAAGCAUCCACAAGAAGGAUCCCCUAUGGUAAUCCCAGCAGGUGCUUUAUCAGGAAUAGCUGGCCAAUCUUAUCCAGACCUCCCAAAUGCAAUAUACGACCCGUCCAAUCAGAACGAAACAAAUCCAGAAUCAUACGUAAAAUUCUUCAAUAAUGUUCCAUGUUCUUUUGACAAUGUCGCAAAAUGGCCAUCAGACUUCCCGAGCACAAAGUCUGCUAAACGUCAAAAAACUGCCGAGGAACAAAUCCUGGAGAAGCAGCAGAUAAUCGCAGAGCUCCAGAAGGUCGAACGUGAACUUCAGGAGCGUAUGGAAGCACAGAAAGCUCUGUCACAGAUCACAGCAUCCAAAGUUGCUGCCCAGUUCCGAGAGGUGGUACAGAAUCGAGCUUUUGCCGCUCAUAACGCAGCAACCUUGAUCAGGGAAGAGAUUAACGACAGAGCGGAAGCGGCAGCCGAAGCUAAUAAUAAUAAGUCAAGAAAAGGUCUGUGCGAUGGCGCUGAGGAUGAUAACGAACUAGAUGCAUCCGAUUCUCAGCUACUAAGAGCAUCAGAAAACAUUUAUCAAGAGCCGGUUGACUGCAGUUUAGAGGGAUCCGGCGAAGCGGUUGCCAUCCAAGGAGUCAUUAAUUCUAAGCAUCUUGAACCGGAUGAUGAACCAGAGCCGUUUCUAUUAACGGAUGAAAACGGUUACCAGCCUGAUCAACUGAUUGCAGCUCACCUAGCGCAAGCUAUUAUCACUCCAACACCACCACUGCCAGAUGUACAGACCCUAUUGGCCAGACCUGGCCCUAUCAAUGAGGUGGAACAAGGGCUCAUUGGGGAAGGUACUCAGACUCCUUGGGAUGACGUUCUGCCUGAGACUAGUGAUAAGAACAAGCUUUUAGCUGCUGUUGUAGACACUCUGCAAGAUGCUGUCAACGCUGUUUCAGAUGCUGAGUGUCAAGAGGAUAUCAAAAAACCAGUGACAGUAACCCACUCAGUAGGCACUCAGUGUGGCUACCCCACCAUCACCAGUGAUUUAGUUCCUCCAAUUGCACCGCCAACCCCUCAACCAAAGGUCAUCUCCAGUCCGGCCUCACCAGCUGACUACGGUAAUGUUCCACCCCCUGAACUCCACGCUCCGGUCGAGAUCGAUGCACGCACCGAAAGCAACCACGAUACAGCAUUGACUAUAGCAUGUGCUAGCGGCCAUGACGAGGUCAUUAAGUUACUGCUAGAGAAAGGGUCAAACUUGGAGCAUAGGGAUAAGAAAGGUUUCACGCCAUUAAUACUCGGGGCAACAGCGGGCCACACCCGGUCUGUCGAACUCCUCCUUGAUCACGGUGCUGAGAUUGAAGCGCAAUCGGAACGGACCAAAGACACCCCUCUAUCAUUGGCAUGCUCUGGUGGAAGAUACGAUGUUGUGGAUCUGUUGUUAUCCCGUGGUGCUAACAAAGAGCAUCGAAAUGUCUCCGACUAUACUCCUCUCAGCCUAGCUGCAUCAGGUGGCUAUGUGAAAAUAAUUAAACUUCUUCUACGACAUGGGGCUGAGAUUAAUUCAAGAACCGGAAGUAAACUGGGUAUAUCACCAUUGAUGCUAGCAGCUAUGAACGGCCAUACAGCCGCCGUAGAGCUGUUGCUAGACAUGGGAAGUGAUAUCAAUGCGCAGAUUGAAACUAAUCGCAAUACGGCGCUUACUCUAGCCUGCUUCCAAGGCCGUACGGAGGUGGUUAGUCUGCUUGUGGAUCGCAAGGCCAACGUGGAACACAGGGCUAAGACUGGCCUGACGCCUUUAAUGGAAGCUGCCUCUGGUGGGUAUGCCGACGUUGGCAGGGUUCUCAUUGAGAAAGGCGCCGACGUGAAUGCUGCACCGGUUCCAUCGUCAAGAGAUACAGCGUUGACCAUUGCAGCCGACAAAGGACAUUACCGCUUUGUCGAGCUACUCCUACAAUAUGGCGCCCUCGUGGAUGCGAAAAACAAGAAAGGCAAUUCACCACUUUGGCUUUCAUGCAAUGGUGGACAUUUGGAGGUGGUGCAACUCCUGGUAAAUGCCAAAGCUGAUAUUGAUAGUCAAGAUAAUCGCAAAGUGUCCUGUUUGAUGGCAGCUUUUCGCAAGGUUAGCACAAUCCACUCUUUGUUAAUUCAAGCUCUACAAGUGUCUGUGCUUUUUGAGUACAUUAUUUUGAUUUCUCAUCAUUUUAUUAUUUUAGUUGAAGAAACAGUCCCAAUAGAACCUCCUAGUGCAACCACCACCACGACCAUUGGUAAAGUCAGAACCACGGAUACCAUAGCCGCCCAGCCGAGCAACCGAAAGGAGAAAGCUAUCACCAAAACAACUUCUGUCACUCGAGUAAUGACGGCGACAGUAGACGCAAGCACCAAAGAGAGUGAGAAAAACGAAAAGAAUAAAGUGAAAAGUUCCAAGAAAGAAAUGCACUAUAAGGCAACCACGGAGCAUAGUAAAAAUGACAGGGGAAGGAGAAAAAGGCCAUCGAAAGAUAUGAAAGCAAGCAGUAAUAGGCAUAUGGAAAAACCUAUGGUGUCCGAGGAUUACAAUGGUUUAACGCCGAUCUCAUUGACUAAGAAUGCACGCAUGGGAGAAAAUAAUUUAGUGUCAUCUAUGGGAAGCAAAUCAGCGCCGUCUUUAAUCUUGAGUCCUAAGAGAGGACAACGGAGGGAUGACGGCUGGAUGGAAGUUGUACGGAGAUCAAAGAAAGUUGCUGUUCCAGCUUCAGCUAUAAGCCGUGUGAUUGGCAGAGGCGGAUGUAAUAUCAACGCUAUUCGUGAAGUUACUGGCGCACAUAUUGAUGUUGACAAGCAGAAUAAAGGAGGUGAACGCACUAUUAAUAUCAAGGGCUCAGCAGAUUCCACCCGACAUGCCCACCAGUUGAUCAACGCCCUUAUAAAAGAUCCUAACAAGGAGUUGGACGAGAUCAUACCAAAAUUUAAAAAGGCUCAUUUAUCCCACAAUACCUCAGUAAUCACCGCUACUAUCACAUCCUCCGUGGCUCGCAGCAACUCCAGCACGUAUUCCUCUACCACUCAACGUGUGUCAACCUCGGUAACUCCAAGUUCACAGUUCAAAAGUGGCAGUGUAAGAAACAACAUGUCAUCUGUAAAAAUGACAGUUUCCACAUCGUCCCACUCGGUGAUUAAUUCUAUUUCCCAUUCGAAUACAAGUCAGAGCCGAGUGACACCGUUGCAUGGGAUGGAUUUGCCAAACUCUUCAGGAAUCAGGCCGAAGAUGCAUUCCCAAAAUCCAUUUCCUGUUGGUUAUCCUCCAGGCCCAUCCAUGCUUCAGCGACAUCCAACAUCAGCUUCAAUGGUGAGGCCUCCGGUGCCGGGGAUCACUCCACCUUUCCCGCCAGUCCGACAUAGCUCUGCAAUACGCCAGCUUUUCCCAUUAGAGACCAAGCACAUGCCUAAUGCUGGGGAUAACCCGAGCACGGGCAUCCCUAUAAGGCAUCCUGGCAUGCAGGCACUUGGGAUGCAAACACCUGUGAACUUCUCCAGUAGAAUGUCGGAAGCACCUGUCAGAAACCCUCAUGCUGCCGCCAGUCAUGCACCACCAUCGCAUCAUGUUGGGAACCAUUCGUUGAUACAACCAACUGUUGGUGCUCCUAAUCAGCACUUCACGGAGCAGGUUAUAGGCCGCCCUACUUCUGUUUCUAUUCAAGGAAGUUCAACUCCGACUGCUGCCACAGUAACCACCACUGCUCCAAGAACUUACAACCUCUUUUCACCCGAUAUGUUCAGGGUAGGUCCUAUUGGCCAGCCAGCUCAACCUAAACAAGGCACACCUCUUUCACUAACUGAAACACUGAUCCCCACGGAUGCUGUAGAAAAAGCGAAAGCUCCAGGCUUUAAUCGUAGUGUCAGUGUUCCUAUAUCAUCCAGUCUUCGUAAUUCAGUUAUACCAGGUUCAAUAAUUAGUAAUCCAGCCUCCAGAGUCAGCAUGCCUGUUUCAGCCGCCUUCCGCCAACAGCCAAACAGCUUCCCUGUGGCUCCAACACCGACUUCCCAACCGUUUCCACAAUCGUACACCGGACCAUCUCAAACCAGCCCUUGCAGUCCGAGAGAUCUUCAGGAAAGGUCGCAACUGAAUGUCAAUGCGCAGCCUUUUGUGCCCGUGAAAAUAACACCAUCCAUGCAGUCGCCAACACACAGCGGUACGUCACAGGACGGGUCACCGGGAGCUUCUCCACGUUCGAGUACGGAGUCAUCCAGCCCAGUUCUAUCCGAUACGAGCGGGUUAUCCAUUCAGGAUAUAAAGCUCCGUCCAAUAGGUACAGAACGAAGUCAACAUCAGCAGCGCCGAACACCAACUGGUUUUCCCACACUGCCGCCAGCAGAACAUGGCAAUGCAACUUGCCAGUCAGUAAACAACAUUUGGUCUUACAAACCUGGGGAUGGUAGUAAAAGUUGGCUGCAGACGGCCCCAUCACCCAUGGAUGAGAGCCUUCUGGAAAACCACAAGAUAAACUGUGCUGGUGUUAUUGGACGCCGUACAAAUAUAGACGGAGAAUUCCACAUGACUACGCCUAUGAUGACAUCAAAUUCAAUAUUUGGAGCUUGGAGCAGUGGUUCUGCAGAUGCUCCAGAUAAAAAUGUGUGGAGUGAUUGGGCUUAAUACUUUGAAAAUAAGUAGACCAUGUAAUCAAAAUCAAGUUUACCACCUCUACCAGCAUCCACGAUGGGACAUGUUCAUUUAUCCUUUGCUUAUACCAGGCACAAGACCAAGAAUGCAUUUAUAUGUCAUGGAUCUCCUCACCAUGGUGCUUUCGGCAGGAUACAAAGUUAACCAACCAUGGUGAUCCUCCCACCAUGGUGCACCUAAAGCAUUGCACACAUUUAAGUUUAACUUUUCAUAUUUGGUCCACAUUGGUAUUUUACACCAUGAAACCAUGGCGGUAUGUUUUGAUUACUCCAAAAUCGGUAUGUUUUGUAUACGGCGGUAUGUUUGAUUACUCCAAAAUCUCUGCUACCAGUCGACAAUGUUUAAUACAAUAAACCGUGGUGGUAUUUUCGUAUACUGCGUUGCAGACCAUUGAGUUAAAAUAACUAAUUUUGUUUAACCAUAACUAUUACCUUAACCAUAAUUAUCUUCCCCUUUGGUGUCAUGCCGGAAACCCAAGUUUAAAACAGUAAUACUGUACUUGGAACCCCCCCCCCCCAAGUUUCCUCAACUAAAAUUCCUGCUAUUCUGAUUACAUUAUGGCUGAAUUAAUCAUGGUAAUGAUAAACAAUUUUGAUCGUGUGGCAAACCCCAUUUCUUUAAAUAAAACUUUAUCCCCAUAGUAACCGCCAUGUGAUUGAAAUCGCUGAUCAAUCACAGAGGCUCUUAGUUGUUUAGUCUUGAGAAGCUGUUAAAUUCCUAUGAAAAAAAGAUACAUAAGUGGAGCACAUUUGGAUUUUGAUAUUCUAAAAACCAUGAUAAUAUGAAUUGUUCCUUAUAAAAUAGUUGGUAAUUACUAGUGAGUUGUGCAUGAGUUGAAUUUUUGUUUUACCUCCUUGCAAAAAAAGGGUUCCACAGUAUCAAAUUAUGAGAUACAAUGUCUUAUUGUGGACUGAAAAGGCAAUUUCUUUUUUAGUGUCUAUCGGAAGUUAUUCUCAAAAAAAAAAUAUGCAUACGGUUGUACUGUACAUUGUUGCGUUUAUGAUGCUAUUGUGGUAGGCGGAGAAUUGUGCAUUUAUUGCAGAAAGAAAAACAACCAUGUAUAUGUAUAUGGUGCACAAACUCGUUUUCGUGUUAUUAAUCUAAAGUAUCUUAAAUUGAAUUUGGUGUACAACAGUAUAUGUUUACAUCGGAAAAGCUGCAAUUGAUCCAUUGUUUGGUUUUUGUUUUUUUUGUUUUUUUUUUUUUUCCUUUUUUGAUUCAAAUUACCCAAGCUAUAUAUCAAAGUUAUCUUGCUUGAGAAAUUCUUUUUCGAAAGAAAUUGUUUCUGUGCAAAGUUGGGAGGAAAGAAAAUGUAGAUUUAUUAAGAGAUUGUGACCGACGAUAUUGGUCAAAGAGAAAAAAAAAAUAAGAAAUUGAACUCCUUAUUCCUUUCCCCUUUACUUUUCCUUUUAUACCAGUAAAGUAUGGGCCUGGAUUUAGUAGUGGAGAUCUAUGUAUGAGGCAUCUUAGAAUUAUCAUCUAUGUUCCAUUAUAAUGGGUGUAUUUGUUAGGCUUUAUCAUUAUUAAACUCAAGUUAUGCCACAGA